UCCACAUCUAAGCAAUUCACCCCACAAAACGGUAACGUUUCUCAACAUCCGGCCGCAGUCCACUUUCCACUCAACAACUAAUAACAACAGCUCCAAUAAGAAGAAGAAUAAUAAUAUUCCACCUCCUCCUCUUGAGACCGUACUUCUACCACCACCACUACGGCACAGCUUGUUGGGAUCAGAAAUCGGGCUAUCUACCUGUGCAUUCGCUAAAUCUUGUCCUCAUCAUCAUUGUCACCAAGUGUUGGAGGGUCGACCCAGGAAGAAGAGGGACCACAUUUCCUUACUGACUGAGUACCCAUCCAUACCACUGCUUGUGCACAACGAGAGUCUCAUCUCACCUUCUCAUGCUAGUUGCAUUUCACACACUGAAGAAGCAGUUAGUUGGACAUGAGGCUUUUUCCGAGCUGGUAGUAGAAGAAGAACAAGUGCUCUCUCUUCCCGUGUCCACAAGUGCCAAAGUUUUUCCAUUUGGUGUCCAUCCAACUUAUGUGUGGCGAGGAGUGUGUGGUUUGUUGGUGUUGCGACAAACCAGGAUAAAGAAAAGUGUGAUUUUUCCUGGUGUCAUUUGCGCGUGAGACGAAAAACUGCUGUAUUUGUUUGUGUUCUCGUGAACUAGAUUCGACUAAAUAAUUAUACGACACGAUACCGAGAGGUGUAUUAAUAUUAAUUGAUUGAAGUAGUGGAGGGGCAGUCCUUGCUUCCUCGCCUUUUACAGGAAUCACGUAUUCUGUUCCCAUCAAAACGGCAACUCUACGGGAAAAUCUGCAGUUGACGGACGAUUCCCGUUCGAACCCACCGUCAUUGAGUGAGACGCGGUCCUCGUCUCCACUCUCGGGCAUUAGCAGUUCACCAUCGGUAAAUUCGGGUGGAACACUGGGAGGAAUGCUGGAAUUCCACUCGAACCCACCGGUUGCGACAGCUGGAUCACCUGCUUCCUCCAUGCUCUCCUUGCUCAAUCUCAACAAUCUCAACAGUUUAGCAGCAGCAGGGUGGAUGGAAAUUGCAGGUAACAUGGAGGGGGGUGGUCGAGGAGGUAACGCUGCUUCUAGUCCUUCGGCCGCCGCGGCCGCUUUCGUCCUUGGCAGCCCUCCCCUCGCAGCUCUCCAUUCGAUGACUGAAAUGAAGUCGGCCAUGCUUCAACAUUACACCCCCACUUCCGUCGCAGCUGCUCAACAAAACCUCAAAAAUUCCUCCUCCCAACAUCACGGACCUCAUCACCAUGUACGUGCUCAAGUCAACUCCCACUCUCCUUCUUUCGAGGAGCUGUUUUCAUCAGGCUGUUUUCCGCAGAGCAUGCACUCACCCCCCAUUUCAACGAGUAGUGGUGGUGGGGGCAACAACUCGUCCAACGCCGCCGCCAACCCGCACGGCAUUGACCACAUCCUCAGUCGACCCUCCCAACAGACGCUGGGCGCCGCCAUGGCUGCCGCGUCCGCGAUGGUCAACGCCAGUGCAGCUGCUGCCGGGGGUGUGGGGAGACUGCCCCCUGGGAUGGGAAUGUCCAUGAGUCACAUGGCCGGAACUGCGUGGAUGGGUGCGAUCGGGAAACAGCUCGAGCUCGCGAGACCUGCCAUUUACUGGCCGGGACUCCAAGGUCUCGUCGCCAACCCCAACUUGUGGAGGGAUCGUGGCAACAAUCAUUCCGUUGGUGGAAACAGUGACAAGGACGGGAAAAAGAAGCAUACUCGCCCCACUUUUAGCGGACAUCAGAUUUUCGCCCUGGAAAAGACAUUCGAGCAAACCAAAUAUCUCGCUGGUCCCGAACGUGCCAAGUUGGCGUAUGGUUUAGGAAUGACAGAGUCCCAAGUCAAGGUUUGGUUUCAAAAUCGGAGAACCAAGUGGAGAAAAAAGCACGCCGCCGAGCUGGCUACAGCGAAACGCAACCAGGAGGAGAGGGAGGGCCUGUGUGAAACGUCUGAUCAAGACGACUGCGACUUGAUAGAGGAUGAUCAUCAUCUUAACAAACGAUCAAAAUACCAUGACGACUCGGACGAGCACCAUUAAUGAGCAGUCAAAUCGCACUCCUUUCUAAUCCAAGAACAAGUGUAAGUUGUUCCCCGUAAUCAAGAAUAUCAUCAAAAAUUAUUUGACAUCCGCCCGCACCACGUUAUAAAUUCGACGCCCCCACAACCACCACCACCAUUGACGAAAAUAUGCAUGUGUCCCAUUACAAGAACAUGGUAACAAUUGCUAUAAAGUUAUAUGUCCAUAUAUGACCUAAUUACGAUAUAUUGUUAAGAAGAAGACACAUUCCUUUCCCCUUCAUAAAACGUCACACAGAACCAUAAGCAUAAUCUUCGUGUCAGAAAAUGAAGAAUUUUUAAUCCAAAGACUUUAUCACGUUUAUUUAUUGUGUAUCUUUUGUUAUAUUAAUUUUACGUGAUGGAGGGGUGGCGAAAGUGUCAAAUUUUUGCAUAAUUUAACCUCCACUCAUUCCAUCACAGAAGAAGCCAGUCGGUAGAUAUAUGUACAAGUACACAUUUUAUCGUUUUUAUUUUUACCACUAUAAUUUUUUUAGUGGUAAUCAAGUCGCUUGAAGUUGAAAGUAUCACACAGCUUUAAAUGUAUGAUAAACACACACACUCACCAAUGCUCCCAUAUAUAGCCACUCGUUUAUCUACAUUAUUAGACAACUAAGUAUAUGAUACAUAAUUAUGUGCAAAUAUGGAUAUUAAACGACAAAAUUAUGUAGGACUAUUAGUGUAGGCAUUACUAUGUAUAAGGAAUAGUAAAUAGUAGCUAGUUUGCCAGGUUGGCCAUUAAUUAAUUAUUGUGUGAAGAUGUACCGCUUUACGCAAAUCAACCCAAAACUACCACUAAAAAUAUUACGUACAUUUAAACUAAUAUUAUCAACAUCUAGUAAUAAAGAUGUUUAAAAUUUCUACAACUCCCUUGAUACAAGCUGUUAUAUUAUUUAUAGUUUAAUUUAAAGAUAUUAUGUAAUACAGGAUCGUGGUCUCCUUGCAUAACUUUGUCGUCAUCAUCAUCAAGGGAGAUUACUCACAUAAAUACACACAGGGUCACUUUAUUUGUUCUCGUUGCAAUGCUAACUAACUAACAGUACAUAUUAAUUAAUUAUAACUAACUACUUACUUACACAGUUAUCCACACCGAUAACGUUGAUGUUUGUCUCAUAUUUUUCAAUUGAUCACAGCCAACAACAAAACAAGUUAAUCAUUUCUUGUGAGAAGAGAGAGUAUUACUUACGAUAUUUAAGUUAAAGAAUAAAUGUAGCCGUUGAGGCAAUCAAAAACCAUUCAGAAUCGCUUGUCAAA